AUGUCUGACAAAGCUGACGUGGCUGAGAUUGAGAGAUUCAAUAAGCAGCAUUUGAAGAGGGUGGAGAUACAAAAGAAGAAUCCACUGCCUUCAAAGGAAACAAUUGAACUAGAGAAGCAAACCGAUGAAUCACAGCAAGGCAUGCAUGCCAAAAUGCAUUGUACAUUCCUCAAUCAUCGCCUUCUUAUUUUACUUCUUUUAGUUAUUUAA